AAAUACAUGUCUGUUGCAGGGACGGACAGAAAAAGAAAGAGAGAGAGUUGGUAUAUAAAGCGAGAGAGAGAAAACGCUGCCAUCAUAAAUGUCACAACCUCCCUCACUCUUUCACCCUCUAUUUUCUCCAAAAUCUCUGUGGACAGAGUGCAGUAUCAAUGGGAUUGAACCAGCAGGGAACAGACAAUUAUCAAUGGUGGCACGUCAAUUGAACACCAUUAUAGAUCUGGUUCGAUCUUGCUUCCUUGUUAUGUAUGGACAUGUUGCUGCAACAAAGAGAGCAGAGUAGCUGUAAGCAGCAGGACAGAUAUCUUGCUAAGGGAGAGGAGAGUUAUUACUACAUAUCAGAGGCAGCCUGCCCUGCAACUAUGUAAAGAGCUACUGAACUUUCCUCAACGCAAAAUCGUGAAUCAUUUCCUGACCGUAACCUUUUGUAGAGAUUCUUGUUACUUUCCCGGUGAAAAAUGGUUAAAGUCCUCUUGACACACAGUGGUAAAGGAUAAUAAAACAGCUAGAAGUACACAGACCACUGACAGAGCGCUUAAUAUCUGUUUGUACACCAAAUGGAUCUGAAAUGACACGCAACAACUAAACACACAUAGGGCAAAAUAGUAGGACUAAAGUUAUGGGCUAGGUGGUUAAAAGACAAAAGCAAAUACACUAGACAAGACAAUACCCGAAUGGCGCAGCGGUCUAAGGCACUGCAUCUCAGUGCUGGUAGGCGUCACUACAGACCCGGCUUCGAUUCCAGGCUGUAUCACUAGCCGUCAUUGGGAGUUCCAUAGGGCGGCGCACAAUUGGCCCAGCGUUGUCUGGGUUAGGGUUUGGCCGGGGUAGGCCGUCAUUGUAAAUAAAAAUGUGUUCUUAACUGACUCGCCUAGUUAAAUAAAAAUAAUAAAGUAAUAUAUAAAAGAUGCUGACAAGAAUAUGCUAAGUCACAUCUAAAAUAUUUAAAAUCCACUGACUUUAUAGCUGACACACCGGAUUGUCAAACGUUUGCCUGCCGACAGUACUUACUUUAGCACCUCUGAACAGUGUCGACAGUCAAUCUCUUUUGUGUUCACACAGCAUAGACCUUGACGUCGUCAGCCACUCAGCCUCGUUAAAAUACUCCAAACCAGAAGGUGCUGCUUAGUUUAUGGUCUAGAUUUCAAUGUUAGCUAGCUAGCUGCACUAAUGUUACUAUUUUGUAGAAAGCCCUUGUUGAUACUAGCCAUAUGGUCACAGCUAGGUAACUACCUAGCAAGAUGGCGAAGAAACUAUUUAAUUCACUCUCCAUAAUCCCAUACUGCCAGUGCUAACCCAUAGCCAAAUGUUUAACUAGCUAGCUAAAGACACUGCUCUAACUCGGAAACACAGGCAGCUGUUUCAUGGAAACUAAUCCAUUGGGAUUUAAUUAUAAUGCCAAUACUAGCUAGAGUUGGAGAUUGGAGAACACAUCGGGAGGGAUCUUAGACCAUUCCUCCAUACAGAAUAUUUCCAGAUGCUUGAUAUCCUUCAUUUGCAUUUAUGGACUGCCACCAUCAAUUCAAACCACAGGUUUGUUCGGAGACUGUUGAUUUUGUGGCCAAUUAAUACUUUUUUUGUGGGUUUUGAUGUCUGUUUAGUGUCAGUGUCUUGCUGGCAGAAGCAACCAGGACCUGGCAGAAGCAACCAGGGUUUUGACAAAAAUAUCCUGGUAAUGUGUAAAGUUCACGAUGCUGUUGACCUUAACAAUGGCCCCAGGACCAGUGGAUGCAAAAUAGCCGCAUAACAUUAAAGGUCCAUCCAAUUUGACAGUAGGUAUAGGGUUAGUUUCUGCAUAUUAACCUUUCUUUGGACACAAAACCUAUCACUGGUGUGUGUGGCUAAAGAGCUCCAUGUCCAUGUCAUCCAACAAAUGUAAAUGCCUGGAGUAUGCGAAAUGGCAUUGGAACUUGGAUUGGAACUGGUGCUGUGGUCAGAUGACAUGAAAAUAGAGCUCUUUGGAAAUAUUCUGAAUGGAGGAAUGGUCUAAGAUCUCUCUAAGAUGUGUUCUCCAAUCGAAUGAAACAUUUUAGAAAAAGGCUCAUUGCCGAUAUCCUCGAAAGUUGAGCUAUUGAAAGGUAUUGAAAACAGGGGUGCUAAUAACUAUGACCCCUAUCUUUUUGAGAAUUGUUUUUAUUACUUGUUAAACAAAAUGUCCUAAUUUUUGGGAGAAUACAAUAUAUCUCAGUAUUUGUAUUAUGUAUUUUAUACAUUCUUUUUUGUUAUUUUUUUUUAUCAAGGGUGCCAAUAAUUUGACCUGACUCUUAUCUAAAUGAGUCUCCACAACACUAUUAUGAAGCAGAUCCUUUGAACAUCAUGCCUUAUUUAAUGAUUCACCCACGCUUACUUAAAUGUGUAGUGCUUCACGGGUUUUACACUUACGAAACUGCUUGAUUAUUCAUUAGUUAAGCAUUGAUAAGGUGUGCCUACAACUUUCGCUGAGGUUCCUCUCAUCCUCCACUAAUUUCCCCGAUUCCUCCUCCGCUAUUCUUCUUCAUCUUUACUUAACCCACAUACUUUCCUCUCCUGUCCAUGCCCCCUCUUUUGUAUAUCACCUCGCUUCUGAAAUCUUCUACUCUCCUUCUCCCUCUUUCCUUCCAUCUCUCUCUGCUCCAUUCUUCUCUGUCCAUUUUCCUUUCUCCUCCCGCGGGGCAAAAACUGGUUGCAUCAACGUUGUCUUCACAUAACUUCAACAAAAACAUUUAAUGUGAUGACGGUGAAUCAAUGUGGAGAACUGAUUGGAUUUGCAGAAAGUCAUCAACUGUCAGUUCAGGGCCCUCACCAGAGGACCUUGUUGAAGAACCUUCUGAAGGACUACAAUCGAAUGGAGAGGCCGGUGGGCAAUGAUUCACACUCCCUCACAGUCUUCUUCACUAUCAGUCUGAUGCAGAUCAUGGAUGUGGAUGAGAAGAAUCAGGUCCUCACCACUAACAUCUGGCUUCGGAUGAGCUGGUUUGAUCAUUAUCUUCAGUGGAACCAGACUGAAUACCCUGGAGUGAAAAACCUUCGGUUCACAACUGACCAGGUGUGGACGCCAGACGUCCUCCUCUACAACAGUGCAGACGAUGACUUUGACUCCUCCUUCAAGACCAACGUGUUGGUCAACUCCAGUGGCUUCGCGGAGUAUCUCCCUCCAGGGAUUUUCAUGAGCACAUGUAACGUGGACGUACGUUGGUUCCCCUUCGACAUCCAAAAGUGUGAGAUGAAGUUUGGCUCGUGGACGUACGAUGGCUGGCUGAUGGACCUACAAAUGAACGAGGCCGACAUCUCCGGGUACAUGUCCAACGGGGAAUGGGACCUAGUGGGAGUGCCAGGCACUCGUAGCGAGGUGUUCUAUGACUGCUGUAAGGAGCCCUACCCCGAUGUGACGUUCGUUGUGACCAUCCGCCGGCGCACUCUCUACUACGCUCUAAACUUGCUCAUCCCCUGUGUGCUGCUGUCCUCCAUGACCCUGCUUAUCUUCUUACUGCCUGCCGACUCUGGGGAGAAGAUCUCUCUGGGUAUCACUGUGCUGCUCUCGCUCACGGUCUUCAUGUUGCUGGUGGCAGAGAUCAUGCCAGCCACUUCAGAUUCCAUCCCUCUCAUAGGACAGUACUUUGCCAGUACUAUGAUCAUUGUUGGGAUGUCAGUCAUAGCUACAACGGUGGUGCUGCAGUAUCAUCACCACGACCCAAACGGAGGACAGAUGCCCAAAUGGGUUAAUGUGGUCCUACUGCAGUGGGUAGCAUGGUUCCUACGUAUGAAGCGCCCAGGGGAGAGUGAUGACCCAGAGCGACCACCCUGCACCCCCCACCUACGGCGCUGCUCUUCAAGCUCCCAGAGCGGUAGCAUCCCUAACCCUCCAGACCCCACGCUCAACCCACUGCACCCCCAAAACCUGGCCCCUCUCCAGGCUGGCCGCCUGCACACGGGUCAACCCCACCUUCACGCCCAGUCCAGCGCCAACAACAACGGAAACCUGCUCUACAUCGGCUUCCAGAACCUGGACGACCCCCCACUGCUCCCAGACCACAUCCAGAGUUACAGCAUCUCAGCCGGGCCUCCUCGAGUAGCAGGCAGCCCCCCUCCACCACCCCCCACCCCCAACGAGGACACUGUGGGCUGCCCUAGCACCAUUUCCAGUGGCGGUACCUUUGGAAUAGGGGUUGGAGGACAGUACUCAGGAGGGGGUAUAGGUGACCCCCAGCUCCAGGCUAUUCUGGAGGAGGUGCGUUACAUGGCGGACCGCUUCCGUGAACAGGAUGAGACAGAGAGCGUGGCCGACCAGUGGAAGUUUGCGGCAGCUGUCAUUGACCGGCUCUGCCUGGUGGCCUUCAGUAUGUUCAACAUCAUCUGCACCAUCGCCAUCCUCAUGUCCGCUCCCAACUUUGUCGAGGCUGCCUCCAAGGACUUCUUCUGAGGAAGAAGAGGAUGGGGCAGAGGAGAAGAGAAAGAAUGAGGGAGAAGAGAUGUAGGGGAGAAAGAGCAGGAUGUGGAAUGAUUUUGGGCUUAGUCCAAGAGGGCUAUUGUCAGGGACCCUCCUGUCAAGAUGAGGGAGGUUCUUUAGAGAUGCCUAUAGAACAUCUCAAGAUGUUCUCUUGAAGUCUAUCAAUGACCUCUGAUGAAAUGGAACAGGAUGGGGUGCGAUGAGUUUAUGGGCGAAGAAUCCAAAAAGGCAUGGUUCAACGACUGUACAGGGUGAAGUAAAUUGUACUGAAUUAUGAGGCUUUUUCAAAGACCUUUAAGAAGUGAAGGUGAACAGGAAGGGCAAUAAGAAAAGUGGAGCAUGGGAUAAUUCAACCUGAGAUUGGGAAGAUUGCAGUACUUACAGAAAGAGAGAGAGGGAAAUAGACAGAUGGAUAGGGCUGUUUUAUUUGAUGUCAAAUCCCAGAAUAGAAAAAAAGGCAAAGAAAAACUGCAUCAUUUACUGAACAGGGGACCAGGAGGGAGGGGGAGAGACCGACUUUUACAAGGAAUGAGUGUGUGAACAGACAGAGGUUUUCCCUGGAGACAGUGAAGGCGGGAGGGUCAAACAAACUGAACUUGGCCUUGUCUUUGAGAUAGACAGAGGAACAAAGCGGAUUAGAGGAAUGAAAAUAAUCUCUAAUCUUUCAUUCUGUCAUUUGUUUCAUGGGCAUCAAAUUGAAAGGCCUUAAAUAUAAAAACAUGCAGCCGAUUUCCGAUCAGUUGAGGUACUAAAUGAAUUCCCAUUUAACAGCCCCAUUUCCUUCCCCAGGCCUUAUCUUAUCAGUGGGUUGCCAGUGUAUACCAAUCUCCACUUUUUGUCCUACGGUGUGUAGCACUACUUGUGAUUGGGCAACUGCAUUAGUGUGUAAUCAGUGUAAUUGCCAGUAAUUGUGUUACAGUGGAGGGUCGAUCCAAUAAUGACCCAUCAAACAGUCACCUAAUAGAAUUUGGCAGGUCCUAAUAGAGAAGGCUGAUCUCAUUGAGCUCCAAAGUGAAAUCUUAAUAUACUGUAUGUGAGGUCAGCAACUUUAAGAGGAACGUGAAGGAAAGUGAUCCUCAAACCUCAAGAUGAACACACAAAUGACUUGGAUGAUUGGAAUGACACUCAUUUUUAUAUUGCACAAUAUGGUUGACAAUUGAUGGGAGUUUUAUUUUUCGAUAUUUUCAUAUUUUCCAAAUUCAACAUAUACUUACUAAAAUAUAUUUCCUAUCGUUAUUUUAAAGACCUGAGACAGCUCCCUGGAAGAUCUCACAUCUCUCGCUCGCUCGAUAAACUUGACGCAUCUCCUCCCUUCAGUGGAAACCUCAAGCUGGGAGUAGGACUGACUCUCUGGCACACACAUGUAUAGAACCAUUUCCCAUCCCGAAAUAAAGUAUUAUUUUUUUA